GCCAUUCAGAUCGUUUAUUUGCUAGAGCAACGUGUGUUACUGUACUACUGUAGUAUACACUAUUUGUGACGUGAUUAAGUGAUUUAUUGUGAAAACAAUAUAUUUGACAGUUAUUUUAUUCGGACAAAAGAAAUGGAUCGUUGGACUGACAGAGUCGUCUUGGUGACUGGAGCUAGUUCAGGGAUCGGACGGUCAAUCGUGGUCGAACUGUCCAAAUACCCUUUGAAAAUCGUCGCUGUGGCUCGGAGAAUCAAUUUGUUACAAGAACUUUCCGAUGAGUUACAAUCAUCUGUGGCUAAAAUCUACCCGGUUCAAUGUGAUUUGACUCGCGAAUCGGAAAUAUUGAAAAUGUUCAAGUGGAUUGAAACCACCAUCGGCCAAGGAGUGUCGGUCACGAUCAAUAAUGCCGGCAUAAUGAUUAAAAGCAAAAUGUUGGACGGCGAAACAAAUGACUGGAGAUAUUUGUUCGAUCUCAACGUUAUAGCAGUAACUACAUGCUGCAGGGAAUCAUACAAAUCGAUGAAUAAAUAUGGUAUUAUAGAUGGACACAUUAUAAAUAUAAACAGCACCGCUGGGUACACAUUGCUACCACUCUCAGGACAGAAAGUGUACAAUUCGUCGAAAACUGCACUUACGUAUUUGACUGAAGGGCUUAGACACGAACUUGCUCAUGCUGGGUCGAAAAUCAAAGUAACUAGUAUCAAUCCCGGAAAAGUAAACUCUGAAGCUGUCGGAAAUGUAGGAGGAAAUAAAAAAUCUAAUUUGUCAAUGAAGCCCGAAAGAGUGGCUUCCAUGGUGAUCGUAGCAUUAACUCAACCAACCGAUGUUGUGAUAGGUGAAUUGACCGUUCUAUCUGCGGGUGAAACCAUGCAAACGUAUCCUCCACCCAUCAUAUCCUUAAAGUAAUACUCGGUGUAUCGGUAUAAUAUACAUUUUUAUACGUAAGAUCUACGACUUUGACGAACACGUGUGUAGGUACAUGUAAAUGUAAUAUAAUAUAGUAUUGUUGGUUGUAAAUUGGUUACCAUAAUUAUAAGAUCGAAAUUAAAAAUAUUAAUAAUUAAUAUUGUAGUUGUUUAGAAUUUAAGAUAUUAUAUAAAUCACGCGAAUGUUAAUUCAAAUAUAUAUCUAUAUAGUAUAAUAAUUAUAA